AAAGAAAACAUUCAGCCGACUCGAUCAUAUUUCACUCUCGUUAAUGGACAAUUAUCUCUAAUCCGUAUUGGCAAGUGGUAAUUCCAUGACAAGAAUCGAAAUAUUUGUCGACGAAACAGUUGUUUGAAGUAGGCCUGAGGUGAGAGUCGAGUAUUAGCGUCCCAAAUAUGAAAGGUUCCGGUAAAACCAUUCUUGUAACUGGAGGAGCGGGAUACAUUGCCACCCAUUGUAUUGUGAAGCUAUUGGACCAAGACUAUGACAUUGUGGCAUUGGACAACUUCUCCAACAGUGUGCGAGGCCCACCCGGUGAGUUGCCGCCUAGUUUGAGCCGAAUCCAAGAAAUGACGGGAAAGACAAUUACCUUCUACGAGGUUGACCUAUGUGAUAAAAGCAGCUUGAGAAAUGCCAUGGGAAAGCAUCUCUUUGAUUGCAUCAUUCAUUUCGGAGCCUUCAAAUCCGUGUCCAACUCGUUCGUUCAAUAUCUUAAAUAUUAUUCAAACAACGUGGUGGGCACUUGCAAUCUCUUGGAGAUUAUGAAUGAAAUGAAGAUUGAAAAGUUUGUCUAUAGUUCUUCGUGCACGGUUUAUGGCGUGCCUCAAUUUUUACCAUUGACCGAGAACCACCCUUUAGGCACACCCACUAGUCCUUAUGGAUUUACGAAGCUGGUCACUGAGGAGAUGAUGCGAGGGCUAUCUAUCUUCAAUAAGGAUCUGGGAUUCAUCCUAUUGCGAUAUUUUAAUCCCGUUGGUGCCCAUCCAAGUGGAAUCAUUGGCGAGGAUCCCCUGGGCGUUCCUGGCAAUCUCAUGCCCUUCAUUGCUCAAGUGGCCGUGGGUCGACGUGAAAAGCUGCAAAUAUUUGGUCAAGAUUGGCCUACUCCCGAUGGCACUUGCAUAAGAGACUACAUUCAUGUCAUGGACUUGGCUGAAGGCCACGUUAAUGCUGUUAACAAAGUCCUUGAAAGCGGCUUCAGCGGUCUGAAAGCUUAUAAUCUAGCAAGAGGCAAUGGUGAAUCGGUUUUGGACAUUGUGAGAGCCUUCGAAAAGGCUUCGGGGAAACGUAUCCCUUACGAGAUUGCUAAGCGUCGACCCGGUGAUGUGGCACAAUUGUUCUCGGCGUGUGAUUUGGCCAAAGAAGAGCUUGAUUGGGAGGCCAAAUUGACCUUGGAUGACAUGUGUCGUGAUAUGUGGACUUGGCAAUCUCAAAAUCCAAAGGGAUAUUUGACCCUGAAAAAAGAUUGAAUACCUUUGGCAUUUGUUUUCUUAUGUUCCAAGAUCGAAAUUGUAUUCUGAUUGAAAAUAUAACAAGUCAGAGCAAUGA